GGUUUUGAGCUUCACAGUUUAUCCGUCUUUUAGAAGUUUAAAAUGACUAUUUCAGGUCAAUAAGCUAAAUAUUUACUACAUGCAUAAUUAUUGCUGUAUUACCUGCAGUAUUUUAGGCGUGAAGCUGUAAAAUGAGCGGCUGGGCCGGCUUUUCUGACGAGGAGUUACGGAAGAUGCAGCCGAAAGACGCGAUGGCCGUUGCGGCUGCCCGGGGACGAAAGCCGGCUCCAGCCAACCGGAGUCGACAGCAGAUACAGCGGGAGAAUGCUCUUCAGAUGGCCGCUCAAAAAAAAGCGUCUCAUUGUCUCCCACCGGAGCAACAACUCACCAAACCGCCGCCAAGGGAAGAGCCUGAACCUCAGCCCACAGCCCCGGCAGCAGCAGCAGCAGCUCCGGCUGUCAGACAGGAGGUGCUACCUAAACCAAGCGAAAUAAAGCCGGCUCCAGAAGAGGAGAUCCCGGCCGUCAAAGAGCUGGAGAAACAAGAGGUGGCACUACGGGAACAAACACGUCUGGAGCAUCUGCAGCAAGAGCAAAAGCUAAUCGAAGAGAGGAAUAAGCGCAAGAAAGCUCUGCUGACAAAAACUAUUGCUGAGAAGUCCAAACAGACUCAGGCAGAGUCUGUGAAGCUGAAGAGGAUCCAGAAGGAGCUCCAGGCCCUCGAUGACAUGGUGUCCAAUGAUAUCGGCAUCCUAAGAAGCCGGAUAGAAAAGGCCAGCUGGGAGUUCUCCGGUGCCAGAAAGCGCUAUGAGAAGGCGGAGGUGGAGUACGUGCAGAGCAAGCUGGACCUGCACAAGAAGACGGAGGUGAAGGAGCAGCUGACGGAGCACCUCUGCGCCAUCAUCCAGCAGAACGAGCUGCGCAAGGCCCACAAGCUGGAGGAGCUGAUGCAGCAGCUGCACCUGCAGACCACUGAGGAAGAGCUGGAGAAGCAGAGAGAAGAGGAGAGAGGAGGCCGUGUGGAGACGCAGAAACAAGAAAACGGCUCGCUGGAGAAACAGGAGGGAACAGUGCAAUCGAGUGAGGACUGUAAACCCACAGAGGAGGAGGAGGAGGAGAAGGGAGGUGACGUCCAGCAGGAGCACCACCCGAUGACUGAACCACCAAAGACCGAACAAGACUGUAAAAAACUGGAAAACGGUUUUCAGAGUGAAAUUGUGGCCUCUUGAUGCCAAAAAGACAGAAGAUAGUGGGACUAUUGCACAAACUGCACUGUGGGCAUUCAUUUAAAACACUAAUACUACCACUUUAUCCACUGUAUGUGGAAAGCAAUGAUGUAUCAUCCAGACCAACAUUUCUCCCAAAAAUGACACUUUUACGCUACUAAAUAUUUGUGCGAAAUACGUUUUGGCUCCUCAUAGGGAGGGGCUCGGGUGAAUGGAACAGGGUUUCUGUCCUGCAUCCAUUGUCUUUAUUUUAUAUUAUUAUUUUGUUUUUUACAUUUUGAAAAAUUAAGCACAUCCUUUUUCAGUUAUUCACUAAGAUGACAUUUUUAUAGCAGCUUCACAUUUUGCCAUAUUUAUCCCAUAUGGGCUAAAACAGUGAAUCAGCAAUAACAGAUACUGUAAUGUGGGCAGUCUUGCACGUCCAUCAAAAGGCUUUUGUUGUUGCAGAUUAGCAGCGUUUUACUACGUCAAACAGCUGCUCAGGUUAAUAAUCAUGUGAUGUUUUGAUCAUAUAGUUAUGUUUUUAGUCGGCGUCUAAUGGAUUAGUUUGACAGAAAAAUAUUUGCCAAUUAUUUUAAUGAUUGUAAAAAUGGCAGAAACAACUAUUGCGUACCAAUUAUUGAGAUGUCCUGCUUUUCUUUUAUUUAUAUCAUAUUUAUGUGAAUAGUUUUGGGUUUUGGAUUGACGGAACAAGACAUUUAAAGACCUUUGAGGAACUGGGAUAGAUAUUCUUCAUCAUUUUCUGACAUUUUAUUUACCAAACUAAUAAUCAGAAGUUGUUUACGCCUAUUUCUUUCAUGGCUUGUAUGUAGGCAACACUUGGCGAAUGUGGACAUCUUUUGUCGGGUAAAUGAUAGAACAUUUUCAAAGGGCUCUCAGUGUGUGUACCUGCAGGGCCAGACA